CCAAGGAGGGGCGCGUGACGCCGCAGGAGCCUCGGACCCCAGGCCUCACCAUGGCAACUCGCCGGCCCUUUUGGCCGCGAGAGCGCCGCGCACCACUCGAGAAGCGGUUAGCCCCAGGACGGUGGCUAAAGGUGAUGGCUCACCGGCAGCCCCGAGGUGAGCUCUGGUACUCGGUGCCAUUCCAGCUCCUCUGCCAGGCGGUGCCCCCAGCCCUGAAGUCAUCGCGCUGCAGGACAGCCCUGCCAGCUGGCCCUGGCUGCCCCCCUCUGGAGGGCGACCUCCAGGGCAGGGCCCCAGCCCCCCCUUCGUCAAGGAGGCCCCGGCCCCUCCGUCUCCAGAAGGACCGCGGCCCCUGGCGCUCCGGUGCCCCGAGAUCCCAGCCUCCCAGGGAGGGCUUCCUGCAUCGCGGCCCCAUUUCCUCUCUGUCCCCUUCCCUUCAGCCCGAGGCCUCCCUCCUGAAGGGCCGAUCGCUCCCCUCCAGUCCCAAGCCCUUUCUGUACCGGCAGCUCGGCCGCCCCCGGCCUCAGGCCCACUCUCCGAAGGGGGUGCCUCCUCCCUGCAGCCCGCGCCCCUCCCCUUUCCCCCAGCCCAGAUCUCUCCACUGGUCGGGGAAGGCCCGGCAGCGUCCCCCUCUGACCAGGUCACAGCCGCCUCUGAAGGGUUUGCUCGUGGCCAGGGCCGCUCAGCCCGAGUCCCACCCCCUGACGAGGAAGCCCCUGUCGGCCAGCCCCAGCCCCUCCAUGAACAAGACGGCCCCUUCCCUCUUCCAGCCCAAGUCCCGGCCUCCCCAGGGGGUCCCCACUGCCUCCAGCCCCACCUCGGCGGGCUGGGGAAGGCCCCCUUCUCCGAAGGGGUGCUCUGCCCCCCCUCCCUGCUCCGGUGAGGCCCAGAUUCCCCCCAGGCUGGGGGGCCCCUCGUCUCCCGGGCCCAGUCUGUCCUGCCGCGGCUUGCUCCGUUCCCUCCAGCUCAGGCCCUCCAGACACAGGGAUGGGGUCCGGGCUUCUCUGGGGCUGCUCUUCUCACCCCACACCAGGGACUUCAGAGAGUCAGAGUUGGGGCUCCUUCUGUUUGGCCUGCCCAGACCCUCCCCCCAGGGAAUCCCUCCCAAUUCCCCUACUUCUGGCUUCAGCCCCAGCCCCUCCCCCGGCUGCCUUUCCCCCUGCUUGGGCUCCCCUGGGAUGCGGGACGGGCCCCCCUCUCCGUCCGGGCUGAGCGGGGACUUCGGAGAGCCCCAAGCUCUUUCGGGGGGGGCCGCCGUUCCAGGAGCCGACGUGGAGACUGUCCCUGUGCAGCCACCACCCCACGGGGGCCGGGUGGAAGGACGGUGUCUCUUCGGGUUGAUGCCAUUUCUCCUUGGCAUAUCCACAGCUUUGGUGAGGAGGAUGAGGAGGAUUAGCCAGAGGGUAAGAAAACCAGAUGUGUCAGUGUUCAAAAUUCCAAGGAGAAAAGAUGCGGAGGAGAAGGCAGUCAGCAGUGUCAAAUACAGCAGAGAAGUACAUCAAGAAGGGUGAGGAGAUCCCUGGCAACUCAGCUGGAAGCCAGACAGCUAAGGGAUAAGGAGUAAAUGAAAAGGCAGAAAAGUCCAGAGAGAAGGCCAGGCACCAGGAAAAGGUGGGGAAGGGAAAGCUCGGAGGCUCUCGGGGCCAGCGGAAUGGAGCAAGUGUCUCGCCCCAAAGGGCCAGGGAAGAGACUGCUGGGAGGCCCCAAGAGAGACCGCAAAUCGAUUACGUUGCAUGUUAAGCUGGAGGUGCUGAGGCGCUUCGAGGAGGGGGAGAAGCUCACCCAGAUCGCCAAGACCCUGGGGCUGGCCACCUCCACGGUGGCCUCCAUCCGGGUCAAUAAGGAGAGGAUCAAAGCGAGUUCUCAGGCGGCCGCCCCCAUCAGCGCCACCCAGCUGACGCGGUGCCGAGGCGUGGUGAUGGGCAACAUGGAGAGGCUGCUGAGCCUGUGGAUCGAGGACCAGAAGCGGCGGCAGCUGCCCGUCAACACGGUGCUCAUCCAGGAGAAGGCCAAGAGCUUGUUCGAGGACUUGAAGCGGAAGCACGGCGACAGCGCCCAGACGGAGACCUUCGGCGCGAGCAACGGCUGGUUCGCCCGCUUCAAGGCCCGGCACAACGUGCUCCUGACCGACGAGCCCGCCGUGGCCGACGCCGAGGCGGCCCGCAAGUACCCCGACCUGCUGAGGAAGAUCAUUGAGGAGGGGGGCUACACGCCUCAGCAGGUCUUCAACGUGGACGAGACGGGGCUCUUCUGGAAGCGCUUACCCGAAAGGACGUUCGUGACUCUGGAGGACAAAGUCGGCCCGGGGUUCAAGGCGUCCAAAGACCACCUGACCCUGCUCCUCGGAGGCAACGCCGCCGGCGAUUGUAAACUGAAGCCUCUGCUCGUGUACCCCUCGGAGAAUCCCCGGGCUCUGAAGGGCUGCUUUAAGCCCAACCUGCCCGUGAUCUGGAGGUCCAACCGCAACGACUGGGUGACCGUGAGCAUCUUCCAGGAGUGGUUCACCGACUUCUUCUGCCCGGCCGUGGAGAGGCACUGUGCCGAGAACAAGCUGCCCAACAAGGCUCUGCUCCUCCUGGACGGCGCCCCGUGCCACCCCGUGUACUUGGACGACCUCUCCGCCAACGUUCGGGUGCAGUUCCUGCCCAAGAACACGUCCGCCUUAAUCCAGCCCAUGAACCAAGGGGUGAUCACCACCUUCAAGGCCUUCUACCUGAAGAGGACCCUGUGCCAGCUCCUGGAGGAGACCCACGGCGAAGAGAAGCCCACCGUCCGCGAGUUCUGGCGCAGCUACACCAUCAUGACUGCCGUGGACAACAUUGCCGAGGCUUGGCGGGAGCUCAAGCCGGCCACCAUGAAUGCGGUCUGGAAGAAGGUGUGGCCAGAGUGCGUCCUCGCCUCCUCGGAGGCCGAAGCCCUGCCGCAGAUCCACCGGCACGUGGGGCCUCUCGCCGACCACGGCGGCUUGGACGAGGCGGCCGAAGACGACGUGGUCCGUUUGUUUCGGGCUCCGGGGCAGGGGCUGAUGCAGCUGGCCGGUGAGGUUGGCCUCGAGGAUGCGGCUCACUUUCUCCACUCCCACCGGGCUGAGGAGGAGCUGCUGGGAAUGCCAGGCCCAGGAAUGGGGCACGAGGACCCCCUGGCCCCCUCGCCGGAGCUGACCGCAAAGCACUUGGCAGAAGCCCUCUCGCACUUCGACAGGGGCCUGCAGAUCCUUACGGAUAACGACCCCGAUCGCGAGCGGAGCCUGAAGGCGUGCUGUGGGGUGAACGGUGUGAUCCGCUGCUAUCGGGAGCUGUACAAGGAGAAGAAGAGGGAAGCCAAAUAGAGGGGGCCGCGGGGGAAGGAAAACCUUCUAAGCCCCUCAUGUCCUUCCUUCUUCCACCUUUGGGCACCCCGUCACUGCGCUGCCUCGACCCCUGAAGGAUCUGGUAGACGGUCUUGGAGCUCUGCGGCUCAUCUUGGUGGCGAUCCUGGUCAGUCAGGCCUUCACGUCCCCCCACGGGGGGAGGAAGCCAGUGCACUAAGCAGAUACAUAAAUAGGAGCAGUGUGGGAUCGGCCUUAACUGGACCCAUAUGUGAGAAGGGAAGCGGGGAACAAGCACCUGCCCUGGCCAGGGGGAGGGGAGGGAGCGUGGGGAGCCUCUGCGGAGGCGCUCCAGGGGCCAUGACUACAACUUCCUACACCGACCCAGACUUUGCUGUUAAGUAAAUAAAUUCAUGUUUGGCUGACAAAUCUGUCUCCUGAGGCGCGGUCCAUCUAUUUUCUGAGUCCCCAGACCAAACGGCUGCUACAUCCCACUGCCGAGAAGCACUUUGAAUGAAUAACGGGUCUGAGGGCGCUGGGGAGCCCCAGCCCUGCCUCUGUCCUCUUUGGCUUCCUUAGCGGGAAUCGGAGUAGGCGCAUGACCAGAUCCCGGAAGGAGCGGGUGAGGCAGCGAGGGGCACGGAAGACCUUGGACUAUGGGUCAAAAAGCCAAGCAUGCAGAGAGGGGCAGCAAAGCCCAAGGCAAAAAUGGAAGGAGAGGUCCUUCUUGACCAGGGGGAGGUGAAGACGGCAGAGGCUUUGUGUGAAGGAGGGGGCCCCCGAACUGAGCCUCGAACUUAACAAAUGGAGAUAGAAGA